GCUUUGCGUGCACCAACAGCAUUACGUCCAAUUCAGCCUGUGUAAGUGAUGCUGCGCCAAGGCUCACCCGCAUCCUACUCCGUUGGGGAACGCAAGCACUUACUAUAGUUCAUGUUCAUAUCUGUGUGUUAAUAAUAUUUAUUAUUUUUUAAAUUUUUUUGCAAACAACGAUUUUGGUUGCACACACACUUACAUACUGAUGACAAACUAUAUAACACAUUUGAAAAGCCUUUCUGAAAACAGUUGAAAUCUAGUGCUUAUGAACAUUUUUUUUUUUUUUUUUUUAAAAGCUCAAGUUCGGUGUGAUGUGGUUCCCUAUCCACUUUUUUCUAAGAUGAGUUGAUUUAUUACUUGAAAUCAAGAGGCUCAUCUUGAUCAAUCGACUUGGACCACCGGUGUUUGCUGCUUAUGGAAUUGAACCAGAGUGAACCCACUGUCUGAAGAGGAUUUACAUCGUAUCUUCAAAAGUAAAUCACCGUUCGUAAUUUUUGUCUUCUGCGUUUGGACCACAGACAUUUUAGGACAUGGAUACUUUUCUACGCGUGGAUACCAUUUGAGUCGUUAAUUACUUGAAUUUCUUUUUCCGAAGAGGAUUUUCUUCUCCGCUCCACUUCAGUCUAAUUCAUGGCACCUCAUCUUUUAAAGCACUGAUGUGUCUACGUGACAGGAAUUUCGAGUGAUUUUUAUCGAGAAAUUCAAGAAUUGCAGCCCAUACACAAGAAGCUCAUCCACCCUGAUUAUGGACUUGGCAAGUGAGGCCCAUGCUCUGCUGCUGUUGCUCAGCUGCCUGGUCUUGCUUUGCUGGGCCCAGGAGAAGGAGUAUACGGUGAAGGAGGAGCAGCCAGAGAACAUGCGCAUCGGGAACCUUCGCAAGGACCUGGACCUGGCGCUCGACCCCAACAUCAAGCUCUCGUCGCCGUUGCAGUUCAAGCCCGUGUACAAGACGGGCGACGUGCAGCUGGUGCGAGUGGAGGCCAACACCGGGGAGAUUUUCACCACGGCGAACCGCAUCGACCGCGAGAAGCUCUGCUCGGGCAUCUUCGCCGAGAAGCAGUGCUUCUAUGAGAUCGAGGUGGCCGUGCUGCCAGAUGAGAUCUUCCGGCUGGUCAAGAUCCGCUUUCUAAUCGAGGACAUCAAUGAUAAUGCGCCCCUUUUCCAGUCCACGGUCAUAAACAUUUCCAUCCCAGAGAACACAGCGAUCAACAACCGCUAUCCUGUGCCCUCUGCCUUUGACCCAGAUGUGGGGAUCAAUGGGAUUCAGCACUAUGAACUUGUCAAGAGUGUCAGUGAGUUUGGCCUGGACAUCAUCGAGACUCCAGAGGGAGACAAGUGGCCCCAGCUCAUUGUGCAGCAGAGCCUGGACCGGGAGGUCAAGGACACCUUUGUGAUGAAGAUCAAAGUGGAGGACGGGGGCACACCACCAAAGUCCAGCACCGCAAUCCUGCAGGUCACCGUGUCGGACGUGAACGACAAUCGGCCCGUCUUCAAAGACAGCGAGGUGGAGGUCAGCGUUCCAGAGAAUGCGCCCACCGGCACAUCCGUCACCCAGCUCCACGCCACCGACGCUGACCUCGGCUCCAACGCGCAGAUCCACUUCUCCUUCAGCAACCAGAUCUCGCCCGCGACCCGCCGACACUUUGCUAUUGACAGCAACACUGGAUUGAUUACCGUGAGACAACCUCUGGAUCGGGAGGUCACCCCAGUUCACAAACUGAUUGUGCUAGCGAGUGAUGGCAGCGCCACUCCCUCAAGAGCUACAGUCACUGUGAAUGUCACUGACGUUAAUGACAACGUCCCGUCUAUAGACACCAGGUAUAUAAUAAACCUGGUGAACGGCACUGUUCUCCUGUCAGAAAAUGCUCCAUUAAACACAAAGAUAGCUCUAAUUACUGUGACCGACAAAGAUGCUGAUCUGAAUGGGAAAGUGACGUGUUACACAGACCCAGAUGUACCUUUCAGGUUAAAGCCUGCUUUUAACAACCAAUUUCUGCUUGAGACCGCUGCCCCCCUCGAUUAUGAAACCACCAGAGAAUACGCAAUUAAGAUAGUUGCCUCCGAUUCAGGAAACCCUCAUCUUAACACGUCAGCAAUGGUGCUCAUAAAAAUCAAAGAUGAGAACGAUAAUGUCCCCAUCUUUCCUCAGCCCGAAAUUCAGCUCUCUAUCCCCGAGAACAACGACCCUUCCACCCAGUUGAUAAAAGUCAGUGCUACUGAUGCAGAUAGCGGGCAGAAUGCUGAGAUCAUUUACACCCUUGGGCCUGACGCCCCUGAUGGAUUUAGCAUAGAUCGGCGCUCCGGAAUUCUCUCGGUGAACAAAAGGCUUGACAGGGAGAAGCAGGAGAAGUACACAUUCACAGUCAUUGCGCGGGACAAUGGAUCCACCUCCCUGCAGAGCAACGUCACUGUGAGACUGAUCGUCCAAGAUUUAAAUGACAACAGCCCGGCCUUUACUCACCCUGAGUACAACUUCUACGUGCCUGAAAAUCUCCCGUUGUAUGGCACCGUGGGAUUGAUCACGGUCACAGAUGCGGAUGCGGGGGACAAUGCUGUGGUCACCCUCUCCAUCCUCAAUGCUAAGGACAAUUUCAUUAUCGAUCCCAAAACCGGCGUCAUUAAGCCUAACAUCACGUUUGACCGGGAGCAGCAGAGCUCGUACACGUUCAUGGUGAAAGCAGUGGACGCGGGUCAGAAGCCGACCACCUCAUACGCCAAGGUUACCAUCAAUGUCGUUGACGUGAACGACAACCGCCCUGUGUUUGUCAUCCCUUCCUCCAACUACUCCUACGACCUGGUCCCAUCGAGCACCAGUCCCGGCUCCGUGGUGACCAGAGUGUUUGCCAUCGACAACGACACGGGCAUGAAUGCAGAGCUGCAGUACAACAUCAUCGGGGGCUCACAGAAAGGACUGUUUUCCAUUGACAGAGCCACUGGGAAUAUUACACUGCAGGAGAAGAUUGCUGCAGCUGACCAAGGCUUACACAGACUAGUGGUAGAAGUCAGAGAUCUUGGCCAGCCGGAAUCGCUGCACGCCAUUGCCUUAGUCCAUCUAUUUGUGAAUGAGACGGUGUCCAAUGCCACCUACAUCCAGGAGCAGCUACGCAAAAGCAUGGAGACCCCACUGGACCGCACCGUGGGAGAGAGCGACGUAACGCCACAGGCCAACGGCUAUGUGAUUGUGGUCAUCGCCAUCAUCGCCGGCACCAUGACCGUCAUUCUGGUCAUCUUCGUCACGGCUCUCGUGCGCUGUCGGCAGACGCCGCGGCACAAGGUGGUGCAGAAGGGUAAGCAGAGUGGCGAGUGGGUGUCGCCGAACCAGGAGAACCGACAGAUCAAAAAGAAGAAGAAGAAAAAGAAGAGGUCUCCCAAGAGCCUGCUGCUUAACUUUGUCACUAUCGAAGAGUCCAAGCCCGACGACCCUACCCACGAGCACAUAAACGGCAAACUUGACCUGCCCGUUGAGUUGGAGGAGCAGACCAUGGGCAAGUACAACUGGGCCACCACGCCCACCACCUUCAAACCUGACAGUCCAGAUUUAGCCAAGCACUACAAGUCUGCCUCCCCCCAGCCCACGUUCCAGAUCAAACCGGAAACCCCUGUUGCACCCAAGAAGCACCACGUCAUUCAAGAGCUCCCUCUGGACAAUACGUUUGUGGUGGGCUGUGACUCACUCUCCAAGUGCUCCUCCACCAGCUCUGAUCCCUACAGCGUCUCAGAGUGCAGCUGUCAAGGGAGUUUCAAGACUCCUGGGCAAAUCCACACCCGACAGGAGACGGCACUGAAACCACCACUGUAUGGCACACUCUGUGGCACAGGUACAACUCGCUCCCAAAGGAUAAAAAUCAAUCUCUAGCUGCCAGUUCCUAAAGAGAGGGAGUGAGAGAGAGAGAGGAAGGCUGUGACUGAAGAGCUGAACCCCAUACUGUACAGGUUCUCUCCCGCCUCAAACAAGACCUAGAGAGGAAUGAAAGACUAAUUGAACAGACUCGACACAUCUUGUUGCCUGCUUGUUGCCUGUGCAAUCUGCUAGCGUUGUAGUAGAAGGUUUGAAAAAAGUCUUUGUCGAAUCUUUUGUCCGCACUUAUCAGUGUCACCGUUAGGGCACUAGAUGACUAUUUGGAGUACUUCUCCCACAUAUUUCACCAAUAUCAAGCAUAGGAAUUUAAAGGAGAAUUGUAUAGUAUGUUUAUGUAGAUAAAUGUACUUAACUGUAUACUUAACACAGUCAUGAUUGUCUGUGUCUAUUGAUUCUGUUUGCCUUGUUUUGCAAAAAAAAAAAGAUGGAUGAGGGAAAAAAAAACACUUGGACAAAGAUUGUGAAAACACUGACCUACCUGGUGGUUGUUUGAUAUCACUUGCUCCUACCACUAAGUUUGCCCCUCGUGGGUUUACUCAGAGACUUAGGUAAAUGGCUGAUUAUGUGCUAUACUCUAAGGCUCUUUUGUGUGUGGAGGUAUAGGUGACUGUUCUGCUUAUGUCAGACAGUGCCAUUUUGUCGACGACAGACUUGUUAGUGACUGGGCCUUGAGUGCAAGUGUAGAGUGUGGCUAUCAUUUCAGUGCAUGGCUGUCCAUAGGAAGCUACACCACACUAAAGUGUUCGUGCAACAGUGUGACUGGAUGCCUCAGUUUGUCAUUUGGGACUUGAAAUUAAAUGAAUGAAACGAGUUUUAAUACUUUGUGCUAAGCCACAAUCACAAGGGACUGGAUCCUUGCUUAAUAAUCAAAAGCUCUUUGUGUAUGACAGUAUAGAGGAAGACUAAGUCUGACCUUUACAUGUUUGUGUGUAGUAGUCAGACUGUGAAAUCAAAGCUGAUUUAACCUGUGGGAUGUGUUUAAUUGAUUCCAAAACGGAAAAGCUCAGGCAGUCUAUGAGAUGUGGUAGGCUUAAGGAGAAAUUCUUGGAUAUGUGCACAUAUUUCAAUCAAUGUAUUAUGUAUUCAACAAGGAUUAGAAGACAGAGUCUAUUGAACACCAAAACAAGUAGAGUAUCCAGGCAUCAUAUUAUCAGCAAUAAAGUAACCAUAGGGAUCCACAACACACAAGCACAUCCCUUGUUUAAGUUACUUUGACAGUGGCUUUUUGUCCUCAUUACUGAAACCCUGUAAACCUUCAUCCUGGAUAUAUUUAUUUAUUUAUUGGACCGAUGGGUCACACGUUGGUUUAAUAAGGUCAGCAUUUAUCUGGUAUGGAUACUGAUUCCGUUGGUAGAAAAAAGUCUUCAGGGGUUAUGUUUGACCUCAAUAUUGAUAUUCUUUACAAAAAAAAGAACUUCUGGCAUAACUUUCAGACACCAUUAUGAUAUCAAAUACAUUAUGAUGAAGGAUAACCUUUACACCCCAUCUAUAUAAAUUUAGCACUAUGUAAAAAUAUUAGACUUGCCUGAAUUUUUUGGAAAUUAAAAGGAAAUAUAUAUACAGAGCUUUUGUAU